AUGGGCAGCGAUUUAGAUAGACAGAUUGAGCAACUUCGAAAAUGCGAGAUAAUCAAGGAAUCCGAAGUGAAGGAGCUAUGUAACAAAGCCAGAGAGAUACUGAUCGAAGAGAGCAAUGUACAGCGCGUAGAUGCUCCUGUCACGAUAUGUGGAGAUAUUCACGGCCAGUUUUACGAUAUGAUGGAGUUGUUUAAAGUUGGUGGCAAGUGUCCUGAUACGAAUUAUUUGUUUAUGGGUGACUUUGUAGAUCGAGGAUUUUAUAGUGUAGAGACGUUCUUGCUGUUGCUAGCUCUAAAAGUACGAUACCCAGACAGAAUAACACUUCUACGCGGCAACCACGAAAGCAGACAAAUCACUCAAGUAUACGGCUUUUACGAUGAAUGUUUACGGAAAUUCGGAUCAGUGAAUGUGUGGAGAUAUUGCUGUGAGGUCUUUGAUUAUCUGAGUCUGUCUGCUAUUAUUGAAGACAAGAUAUUUUGUGUGCAUGGCGGAUUGAGUCCGCAGAUUACGUCUUUAGAUCAAAUUCGAAGUAUAGAUCGAAAACAAGAAGUACCACAUGAUGGCCCAAUGUGUGAUUUGCUUUGGUCUGAUCCAGACGAUGUUCAAGGAUGGGGACUCAGUCCACGAGGUGCAGGAUAUCUCUUUGGAGAGGACGUCGUUACGGGCUUUAUUCACAAGAACAAUAUUGAAUUGAUUGCCCGAGCGCAUCAGCUUGUGAUGGAGGGAUACAAGCUCAUGUUUAAGGAUACUAUUGUGACGGUGUGGUCGGCACCCAAUUAUUGCUAUCGGUGCGGGAACGUGGCAGCAAUACUAGAAUUGGACGAGCAUUUGAGUAAGAAUUACAAGAUAUUUGAAGCUGCUCCACAGGAGGCGCGAGGACUACCUGCCAAGAAACCUGCUCCAGAUUACUUUUUAUGA